CACACCUCUGUGCUGCAUCCCUGCCUGCCUACAGGGGAAGGGUCUUCUCCCUCGUGGUUUGGCCCUGGGGUCUCCUGACACCCCAGCUCCUUCAGGGACAUCAGGAAGGACCCCUUGUGGCCCUGGGGUGAGGAAGCUUGAGAGUAUGGUUGGAUGAAGGGCUGAGGAGCUCAGCUUAAGGGAGGAAUAGAAAGGCGCCCAGACCUCAGUUCCCUAGCUCAGCUUCCUACAGUGUCCCUCCAGCCCUGGGGGAGCCGAGGCUUCGUCCCCCACCCUCAUGGGAUGCCCCAGGAGUGGGGCCAGACCCGGAGCUGGGCCCAGCAGGGUGCGCCGUUGUUGACAGCCCUUCUGGGCCGAUCCGCCCCCUACAGUAAUUCUCCGCACUCUGCCAGUAACUGCCCUGACUUACCAGGCAGGCAUCAUUUCCUGAAACUCAGCCCAGCCUUAGGGGAAGUCGGAGCCGGUGACUAACCCUCAUGCAAAUGGGGCCGGCGGGACGCUGCUGCCUCCGUGCCCCACGGAGCUGCUGAGCCCGCUGCCUCCGCCCGCGGUCAUGAGGCUGCGGCUCCCCAGCAGCUCUUCCAGGGGGACCCAGCGGCCGCCCAGCGCCCCACGCCCCGACCAUGUCGCAGCUGCGCUUCUGGCUGCAGUUUGCCGCGCUCAACAAGGACCCCUCAUGCCUCGAGGACCUCUCCAAUGCCUCCAUCUUCUCGUCCUCUGUGGAUUCCCUGUCAGACAUCCCUGACACACCUGACUUCGGCCAUGUCGACAGCCUCAAUGAGGUGUCCACCAUCUGGGACGUCAGCACCACCUCAGCCCCCCAUGACAAGCUGUUCCUGCCGAGUGCGCCGCUCUCUGCUCUGGAAGACCCAGUUUCCAGCACCCCGCUUCUCAUCAGCUACCAGUCACACAGCCAGCCUGAGGAGGAGGAGGCAGAGGAGGAGGAGGCGGCAGAGGAACUGGGCCAUGCUGAGACCUAUGCGGACUACGUACCAUCCAAGUCUAAGAUUGGGAAACAGCAUCCAGACCGUGUGGUGGAGACCAGUACCCUGUCCAGUGUUCCUCCCCCAGACAUCACCUACACCCUGGCACUACCCACCUCGGACAACGGGACCCUGUCCGCCCUGCAGCUGGAAGCCAUCACCUACGCCUGCCAGCAACAUGAGGUCCUGCUGCCCAGUGGGCAGCGUGCUGGUUUCCUGAUUGGGGAUGGAGCUGGCGUGGGCAAGGGCCGCACAGUGGCUGGCAUCAUAGUGGAGAACUACCUGCGGGGCCGGAAGAAGGCUUUGUGGUUCAGUGCCUCCAAUGACCUCAAGUACGAUGCAGAACGGGACCUGAGAGACAUCGAGGCCCCGGGCAUCGCGGUGCACGCUUUGAGCAAGAUCAAGUACGGCGACAAUACUACCUCAGAGGGCGUCCUCUUUGCCACCUACUCCGCCCUGAUCGGGGAAAGCCAGGCCGGUGGGCAGCAUCGCACACGCCUCCGCCAGAUCCUGCAGUGGUGCGGCGAGGCCUUUGAUGGCGUGAUUGUGUUUGAUGAGUGCCAUAAAGCCAAGAAUGCCAGUUCUACCAAGAUGGGCAAGGCCGUGCUGGACCUGCAGAACAAACUGCCGCAGGCCAGGGUGGUGUACGCCAGCGCCACAGGUGCUUCCGAACCCCGCAACAUGAUCUACAUGAGCCGCCUGGGCAUCUGGGGUGAGGGCACACCCUUCCGGACCUUCGAGGAGUUCCUGCACGCCAUUGAGAAGAGGGGCGUGGGCGCCAUGGAGAUUGUGGCCAUGGACAUGAAGGUCAGUGGCAUGUACAUCGCACGCCAGCUCAGCUUCUCAGGGGUCACCUUCCGCAUCGAAGAGAUCCCGCUGUCCCCCGCCUUCGAGCAGGUCUACAAUCGGGCAGCCCGGCUGUGGGCCGAGGCUCUGAGCGUCUUCCAGCAGGCGGCCGACUGGAUCGGCCUGGAGUCCCGCAAGUCCCUGUGGGGUCAGUUCUGGUCCGCACACCAGCGCUUCUUCAAGUACCUGUGCAUCGCCGCCAAGGUGCAGCGGCUGGUGGAGCUGGCCCGGCAGGAGCUGAGCCGGGACAAGUGUGUGGUCAUCGGGCUGCAGUCCACAGGGGAGGCGCGGACCCGCGAGGUGCUGGACGAGAAUGAGGGUCGCCUGGACUGCUUCGUGUCCGCCGCCGAAGGCGUCUUCCUGUCCCUGAUUCAGAAGCACUUCCCUUCCACCCGGAGGAGGCGGGACCGGGCAGGCGGAAAGAGGAAAAGGCGGCCUCGGGGUCGCGGCCCCAAGGCUCCUAGACUGGCGCUGGAGGCCUCGGGAGUCAUCCGUAUUAGCGACGGCAGCAGCACGGAGUCCGAUGCUGGCCUGGACAGCGACUUCAAUUCGUCCCCAGAGUCACUGCUAGAUGACGAUGUGGUCAUCGUGGACGGCCCCAUGCUCCCCACAGAUGACCGAGGUCCCCUGUACCCACUUCAGAGAGACCUGCAGGGCCCUGGCGUCCUGGAGCGUGUGGAACGGCUGAAGCAGGGCCUGCUGGCCAAGGUGCGCGCGCUGGGCCGCGAGCUGCCCGUGAACACCUUGGACCAGCUCAUCCACCAGCUCGGGGGUCCUGAGUGCGUGGCCGAGAUGACAGGCAGGAAAGGCCGCGUGGUAUCCAGGCCCGACGGGUCAGUGGUCUUUGAGUCCAGAGCGGAACAGGGCCUGUCCAUCGACCACGUGAACCUCAGGGAGAAGCAGCGUUUCAUGAGUGGCGAGAAGCUUGUGGCCAUCAUCUCGGAGGCUUCCAGCUCCGGAGUGUCCCUUCAAGCCGACCGCCGGGUGCAGAACCAGCGACGCCGGGUACACAUGACCCUGGAGCUGCCCUGGAGCGCAGACCGCGCCAUUCAGCAGUUUGGCCGCACCCACAGGUCCAACCAGGUCUCAGCCCCCGAGUACGUCUUCCUCAUCUCGGAGCUGGCAGGAGAGCGCAGGUUCGCCUCCAUUGUGGCCAAGCGGCUGGAGAGCCUGGGUGCCCUGACCCACGGAGAUCGCCGGGCCACCGAGUCCCGAGACCUGAGCAAGUAUAACUUCGAGAACAAGUAUGGCACCCGCGCUCUCAGCCGCGUCCUCACCACCAUCCUGGGCCAGACGGACAACAGGGUACCCCUGCCCCAGGGCUACCCUGGAGGGGAUGCCGCCUUCUUCCGGGACAUGAAGCAGAGCCUGCUGUCCGUGGGCAUCGGCGCUCGGGAGUCGCGCACUGGCUGCUUGGAUGUGGAGAAGGACUGCUCCAUCACCAAGUUCCUGAACCGCAUCCUGGGGCUGGAAGUGCACAAGCAGAACGCUCUGUUCCAGUAUUUCUCCGACACUUUUGACCACCUCAUCGAGCUAGACAAGAAGGAAGGCAGAUACGACAUGGGCAUUCUGGACCUGGCCCCUGGCAUCAACGAGAUCCAUGAAGAAAGCCAGCAGGUGUUCCUGGCACCCGGGCACCCACAGGAUGGCCAGGUGGUCUUCUACAAGAUCAGCGUGGACCGCGGUAUGAAGUGGGAAGAGGCGCUGGCCAGGUCUCUGGAGCUGCAGGGCCCCUAUGACGGCUUCUACCUCUCCUACAAGGUCCGAGGCAGCAAGACGAGCUGCCUCCUGGCCGAGCAGAACCGUGGCGAGUAUUUCACCGUGUACAAGCCCAACAUCGGCCGCCAGAGCCAGCUCGAGACCCUGGACAGUCUGUGCCGCAAGUUCCACCGGGUCACCGCCGAGGAGGCCCGGGAGCCCUGGGAGAGCAGCUUCGCGCUGGCGCUGGAGCACUGCAGCCACGCCACCUGGAACCAGCGCUGCCGCCUGGCGCAGGAGGGCAAGGGCUGCGCGCAGGGCCUGCGCCUCCGCCACCACUACAUGCUGUGCGGGGCGCUGCUGCGCGUGUGGGGCCGCAUCGCCGCCGUCAUGGCCGACGUCAGCAGCAGCAGCUACCUGCAGAUCGUGCGCCUCAAGACCAAGGACAAGAAGAAGCAAGUGGGCAUCAAGAUCCCCGAGGGCUGCGUCCAGCGCGUACUGCAGGAGCUGCAGCUCAUGGAUGCCGAGGUGAAGCGCCGCAGCGCCCAGGGGCUGCCCGCGCGCCCCCCCACUCCACGCAUGAUCGCGCUUCCUUGCGGUCCUGGUGAGGUGCUGGACUUGACCUACAGUCCCCCGGCCGAGGCUUUCCCGCCGCCUCCACGCUUCACCUUCCCUCCGCUGCCGCCCCCAGACCCCAGCUCCCUGAUGCUGGGGGCGAGAGACCCUGCGGCCAACCCCGCGGAGCUGGCACACCAGGGCUGCGACAUCAAUUUCAGGGAAGUGUUGGAGGACAUGCUCCGCUCUCUGCGCGCGGGGCCCACCGAGACCCCUCCGCCUCUGGUGGGCGUGGGCGGCGGGGGCACCGAGCGGCAGAGCGUCAUCCACUUCAGCCCGCCCUUCCCCAACUCGUAGGCGGCCAUGGCCCCUGGAUCACAACUGUCCUGGGCAGCCCAGCGGCCCCCUGCGAGCAGAGGUUCCCGCGACUACUGAGGGCAGCUGCGCAGGGCCUUCCCGCCAGCGGUGCGGGCCUCGGCCGCCCUGCGCUGCUCCGCCGCGCCCAGCCUGGAGGCCGUGGGGUUUGGUGGCCCCGAGAGCUGGUAACUCAGGAAAUCCGGUGCUGAGGCCCCGCCGUCUAUGGGGGCUCCACGGGGCAGACCCGUUAAUAUAUGCAAUCCCCUGCUCCCUAAAUUAUUGUCCCCCGCCCCUCACUAGCCCCGGAAUCCGUGGGCAGCCGGCGGGCCCUGGUUUCUAUGUAUUUAUAAUGAACUCUGGUGUACAUAUGUAAAGAUCUUUUUUAAAUACAUGUGCCUUUGCCUA